AUGGACAAAUCAAACUUAGAUAAGGUUACCUUUGAACUGCGCCUCCCUUGGUUGAAUCCUUACACGUUAAGGGCCCGUUUGAUUUGUAAAGUGGUUUCAUAUGCUGAUGUGGCUUCCCGUCAGCGAUGUUGGCUAUAUACCCCUUUUUACCAGUCCCGUUUUUCUCUCAGUUCUCCCCAAAAAAUUCAUUCCACCGCCAAAAAUUCAUCCCCUAAAAUUUUGUCCCACCGCCAAAAAUAUUCAUCCCAAAAAUUUCAUCACCCCGCAGACCCCAAGACCAACGUCCAAAUAAACUUCAGCAUCUCUGACCCCGACUUCAGCAUCUCUGAAAUUGACUUCCCCUCCCUCUCUGACGACACCCCCGCCGCCUCCGGCGACGCUCCUCAUCGGCCGCUCCCAGCGGCGGCACGCGGGAGGAGCUUGUCGGUUGACACGGUGUUUUUCGAGGGGCUAGGGUUAGGGUUUCAGCAGGGGGCCGGAGGCGGAGGAGGGAGACAUAAGAGGCGCGGGUCGAUGGAUUGGUCGAGGACGAGCUCGAUGUUUGACGGGGAUUCGUCUACGACGACGAGUUUGGAUUAUGCAAAGAAGGCGAUGGCGGCCGAUAAGCUUGCCGAGCUUGCGUUGAUUGAUCCCAAGAGAGCCAGAAGGAUUCUUGCAAAUAGGCAAUCUGUGGGAAAUUUAAGAUUGCACCCUUCAGCUCCCCUCCUGAUCCCAAGAGAAUUCUCAGAGCAAUGUCAGGUACACGAUUAUGAUAUACCUGCAGGUACCCGUGUCGUGCUCAAUGCAUGGGCGAUGGGGAGGGAUCCAAUGUACUAGGAUGAGCCUGAGAUGUUCAGGCCAGAGAGAUUUGAAGGGAGCUCAGUUGAUUUGAAGGGAACGGAUUAUGAAUUCAUACCUUUUGGAGCUGGGAGAAGAAUUUGUCCAAGGAUUUUAUUUGGACUGGCUUCAAUGGAGCUGGUUCUUGCUAAUCUUCUAUUUUAUUUUGAAUGGAGUUUGCCUGAGGGCAUAAAUGAGCUUGAUAUGACUGAGAAGUUUG